AUGGCUGACUGGACCCCAAGCUCCUGGACCACCAAGCCUAUUAAGCAGGAUGUGGUCUACGAAGAUGCACAGGGAGUCAAAGACGCGCUAGAGAAGCUGCAGAAACUCCCGCCGCUAGUGACAACACAGGAGAUCAACAACCUCAAGAAGAGCUUGAGAAAUGUUGCCCUGGGCAAUGCCUUUGUCUUGCAAGGUGGUGACUGCGCCGAGUUGUUCGACUAUUGCAACCAAGACAUGAUCGAGGCCAAGGUUAAGCUUUUAUUGCAAAUGAGCUUAGUUUUGAUCUGGGGAGCAAACAAGCCCGUUAUCCGUAUAGCUCGCAUUGCAGGCCAGUUUGCCAAGCCUCGCUCCAGCCCAACUGAAUUAGUCAAUGGCGUCGAAAUGCCUUCAUUCCGCGGCGACAACAUCAACGGCUUCGCCGCCGAUGCCGACUCGCGCAAGCCCGACCCAUCCCGCCUCGUUUCAGCAUACUUCCACUCCGCCGCAACCCUCAACUACAUGCGCGCCUCACUCUCCUCAGGCCUUGCAGACUUACACUCCCCUCUGGACUGGGGUCUAGGUCACGUUAUCACGCCCUCAAUCAAAGAACGGUACUCGCGCACCGUCAACGCAGUUAAAGACGCCCUCCGCUUCAUGCGCACUGUAGGCAUCGACAAAGACCGCGGCGUCGAGACUGCAGACAUCUACACCAGCCACGAGGGCCUCUCCCUCGAAUACGAGCAAACAUUGACCCGCCUCAUGAAGAAUCCCACUCAGGCCGGUUCCGCACAGACAUCCGGGUAUUACGCUACCUCAGCACACUUUCUCUGGAUUGGAGAUCGGACGCGCCAGCUGGAUGGUGCACAUGUCGAGUUCUUCCGCGGUAUUGAAAACCCCAUCGGAAUCAAAAUCGGGCCUACAAUGGAGUCGGACGAGCUCGUCCGUCUCCUAGAUGUCGUGAACCCAACACGGGAAAUCGGUAAAGUCAUCCUAAUCUCGCGGUACGGCGCAUCCAAGAUCGGUCAGUUCCUACCGGGUCACAUCGCUGCCGUGCAAGCUUCUGGCCAUAUCCCCGUGUGGCAGUGUGAUCCCAUGCAUGGAAAUACGCAGGCGACGCCGUCGGGUGUAAAAACAAGGCAUUUCACGGACAUUCUGGCGGAGUUAAAGCAGGCGCUAGAGAUUCAUCGGGCGGCGGGGUCGUUCCUGGGUGGGAUGCAUCUUGAGUUGACUGGGGAGGCUGUUACGGAGUGUGUUGGUGGUGCGGCUGGAUUGACAGAGGAUGGGUUGGGGGAGAGAUACACAACGUUCUGUGAUCCGCGCCUUAAUGAGAAGCAGGCUUUGGAGCUUGCUUUCCUUGUUGCCGGGUUUUAUCGGCAGGAGGAAGAGGAGUGA